AGAUUGUACGUCUAUUGUUAAUAUGUAUUAGAUUAGGUAUUUCUAUUUGAAUUAUUAAACCAACUGUAUAGGAAUAAUCAUGUCGUCUAUGAUGAGCUUAUCUGAUCGAAGCACAUUGAAACAUAUUGGGAUUGGUAUAACUCUGUUUGUUGGUGGGGGUCUUGUAUCAUAUGCAGUUAUUCAGUUUUGGUCAUCUAACAAUCGAGUACAAGAUCCAGAUCUAUCUCGUAGCAUUGUAGAACUUAAAAGAGAAAUAAUAAAUUUGAAAGGUAAUUUAUCGGAUGCAGUCGUCGAGCUAAGAAAAGAAUUGGAUGGAAUAAGAGGAAGUAUCAACCCAAAGAAACGUACUACCAGCACACGCAGCAGAAGUGGGACAGCAUUAUCAAUUGCCUCAGGCCGAACAGCUGGGACUUUUCAAACAGCUUGUAGCGAUUAUGAUGAUGAUUUCCCAUCUGAUGAUGAAUUUCUAUCACCACCAGAUCAUAUUGCCGAUGAUGUAAUUGAGAAGCAACCAUUACCUGGCUCUGAUGAAGAACUCAACAUAAUUUGUGUAAAGGUUGAUCUACUUAAUGAGGGAACAGAUGAAGACAGAGAAGAAGCAAUGAGGAUUUUGCAAGAUAAUGAGUUAAAUCACAAAGAUUCAUGGCAGCUGUUAUGGAGAUUGUGUCGUUCACAUGUUGGUGCAUAUGAUAUGCGGGACGCAUACGAUGAACGUUGUCUCCACGCCAUGUCAGCUCUCGAGUAUGCUAAGCAAGCCAUCUCUCUCAAUGAUAAUUCUGCUGACGUUCACAAAUGGUAUGCUAUUAGUCUUGGGGCAACAACAGAUUUUGUUGGAACCAAAGAAAAGAUUGAGUAUGGAUAUGAAUUAAAAGAACAUAUUGAACGUGCACUUGAAAUACAACCAGAUGAACCAACUUUACAUUUUAUGCUGGGCCGAUGGUGUUGGGGUGUGUACAUGCUAACUUGGAUUGAACGUAAAUUAGCAGCUACAUUAUUUGCAACCCCACCAACAGCUACAGUGGAUGAUGCUUUAAAAUCGUUUCUAAAAGCUGAGGAAAUAGACCCUGGAUUUUAUAAGUCAAACCAAUAUUAUGUUGCAAAAUGCUACUAUGAAAAGUCGGAUUACUCAAAUGCAAAGAAAUGGCUACAAUGUGCAGCUCAACUGCCAUGUAAAAAUAAAGAUGAUCGAGAUACGCACAGAGAUUUACAGCAAUUACUUGCAAAGUUAUAACUUUAUUUUUACCUAAACUUAAAGUGAUGAUUAUCAUUACGUCACUGUGUAUUCGUAAUUAAUUAUUGAGUAGAUUUUACAGUCCAUGUUUUAUUACUACCAUUUCCAUUUUAAAAUGAUGUUAAAUUCAUACAGAAUUAGCGCUACCUCUGUAUUGGAAACAUUGUGUUGUAAAAUGUUUUAUUAAAGCUAAACUCAAGAAAAAUGCUUUUAAUUAUAUUUUUUGUUUUACCAAUUGCUUUGUAAUAUUAUAUGAUGCAUUAUAUCUUGUUUACCCAAGACAUCAAAAUGUGUUUUAAUUGAAUUAUUUGUGUUUUAAAAAUGUUCCGUCGGAGUGUUUUUAUUAUAAUUUCUUCCAGCUUGUUACGAAGCCAUUACAAUUGCACCAAAACAAUCAUUGCAAGUUUAUAUGCUUGGUUGGUUUUUUAGAAAACCCUUUAGAAUGUUUGUAUAUUAAACUAUGCAUUCAUACCAACA